AUGUGGGAUAUAGACACCAAAUUACUUGACCUGGGCCUGGAGAGUGAUGGCGGUGCUGAACCCGACCUGUCCGAGCUUCUAUCUCUAACCAGCGAGGAUGCGUUUGGGAAUGAAGAUGUCGAAGGGGCCGUGGACGCCUAUUCCUGGAAGGCUGAUUAUUCUACUGGAUAUCAUCGGCUACGAGGUGCCAGUAUGUGA